ACAGCCAGCUGCAGCACAAUGAACACAGAUCAUUUGUUUCACAUUGCAGGAGUUAGAGCCUUCUCUGUCUGCUACAGCUUCUCCGGCUCUGAAGCACAAGAUGGAUGCGGGCUGUUAAUACCACACAAGUGCUGUUGUGCUGUUGUAGGUAAUAAAAGCACAGCAGGGCUGGACGGGAGGGCUUGCCAAAAGCUCCCUCAUCUCACUUAAUCGGAUAUUGUAACAUUUUUUUCAGUGCCAAGCAGUGUGAAGCAGAUUGUUCUCUGCUGUAAAUUCCGCUAUUAAGUAAAUUCCUGACCUGCCUUGCAGUGCUGGCUGCAGGAAAAGGACAGAAUGGGGUUUGGCAAUAGUUAGAAAGUGAAAGGUUUAUGAGCACAUUGGAGUAACCAGCCUAACCAAAAAGAACUAUAAAAUAAUCUCUGGAAGGAUCUAAUUCAUCCUGAGGAGAAAUGGCAUGGAAAUGGAUCAAGUUCUGCACACUUCUGUCACUCUGUAUCGCUUCAGUGAUUGUACGUGAUGAAGCAUCCAAACCACAGUGUGCCGAUUUCAACAACACCACCUGGUUAGAAUACAAGCAGGGCACUAAAGUGCUGGUCCAGUAUCUGCUUCUGACCCGAAAGAAUGCAGACUGUGCCAGCCUCUUCACCCAGGACUGCCUCAAUCACACCCAGCAGCACACUGCAUACUUCAACUCCACACUCAACACUAUAGUCAUCAUUCAUGGAUACAGGGCUAUAGGCUCUAAGCCCUCCUGGGUGAGUGGCUUAGCCCAGGCUUUAUUACAGCAGGAGGAUGUGAAUGUUGUGGUGGUUGAUUGGAUCUAUGGAGCAUCCUUUGCUUAUAACCUGGUGGUAGAGAACUAUAAGGAGGUGUCUGUGCAGAUAUCGGUUCUUAUUAAUCAGUUGACGACCUACGGUAGUACAUUGGAAUCAUUCCAUUUAAUUGGAGUAAGUCUUGGAGCUCAUGUGGCAGGAUUUGUGGGGACCCUGUUCAAAGGCAAGCUGGGCCGAAUUACAGGUCUGGACCCAGCAGGCCCCAUGUUCAAGAACGCUGAUCCAUUCGAUCGCCUGGACCCUUCAGACGCCAUGUUUGUUGAGGCUAUACACACAGAUUCUGACUAUUUUGGCAUCUCUAUUCCUGUUGGACACGUGGAUUUUUUCUUAAAUGGUGGAAUGGACCAAACGGGAUGUGCACGAUCUAGGUUUGCUUCAAUUCUUAUUUAUUUUCCAGUGUAUGGCUAUGUGAUCUGUGACCACAUGAGGGCGCUGCAUGUGUAUAUGAGUGCACUGAAUGGAACCUGUGCCCUGACUGGGAUCCCCUGCUCCAGUUAUGAGGAGUUCUUGGAUGGGCGAUGCGUUAGCUGUGAUGAGACUUUUAAUGGUACCUGUCCUCAGAUGGGUUUGCUGAAGAACAGUGGGAUAACAGUAUCACCUCUUCCCAAGCAUGAGAAGGUCUACCUCCUGACAACAUCUGAAACGCCGUUCUGUGCUCACCACAUCCUGAUUGAGCUGAAGGUCAACCGUCUGGAAAAGACUGCUGAGGUGCAGGUCAACCUGAUUUCCAUGAAUGGUGCUGAGACAGAGAAGAAUCUCAGGCUACAGACAGAUGAAAUGAUUUAUAAAGCAGUGAUCGGGCAUCCGGAGUGUCUCUGUAAGAUCGACUCCAUUCAGCUGAAGAAUAUUGGAGCCCGAUUCUACAGACAAGGGAACAUUCACUUUGAAUACAUCUGCAUCUCUGAGAUCCUGAAUAUGAGGGUGAGUCCAUUGUGUGUGGAGAAUAUAAACAUUGGAAGGGGAACUCCAUGGUCAUAUGACUUUGUCCAAGUGUGCUAAAUUACUAAGAGAGCUGAAAUCCCCUGCACACUAGACAAGAUCUACGGAAGCAAGGUGUCAAACACAUUGGUAGCAAGACAAACUGCAUCUAAAUAUACACUGUAAAAACCAUAACAAUAAAACUACCUGAUUAAUAUUGCAGAGGCCCCCUUGUGUCACCAUAACAGCUCUCACCCAUCGAGAAAUGGACUCCACAGGACAUCUACCCAAGACCCAGGCACAGAGACAUUAACAGCAGGUCCAGAUCUUUAAUGUCCUUUGCAGGGGCUAAUUUUCUAUGUGUAACCUACCCCUAACCUUAGGUGCUUCUGUAACCAAAUAAUCACUUCACCUGCCAUUUUUUUUAAUGUUAUGGCUAUUCCAUCUAUUUACAGUUUAUUAUAUAUUUCUAUUUGCUUUACACUUGAGCAAAACAUAUAUAUCUGCACACUACAUAUGUUAUAUAAAGUGGUUAUAUACAUAAAAAAACAGGACUGGUAUGUUGUAAACAGUUAAAGUCAACAGCAUUUAUUUAAGUGUUCUUACAGAAUCACACAUUUUUACAUGUAUAAUGUGUAAAAUACCAUGUACAAAUGCAUCAGUUAUUAACAGCCCUUAUUAUAUUAUGGAGCAACAGUAAUUACAUGUAAUUAGUAAAAUCCUGGAGGUACACUGUUUUUUUUUUUUUUUUGUCUGGUUCAUGUUUUAUAGUUAUAUGCUAAAAAUAAAACACACUGCCCCUGAGUUAAAAAAAGGCUAUGUAUGCACAAUCAGCCAGUGAAAAAAAGUAUGCACGUUUUUAUUUUUAUCUUAGCUCACUCUAGAGAUUUUUUAGCAGAUGUUAGCUAAAAGAUUGAUUCUAUGAACCAAUUUUUCUUUUGUCUUUUGCUAUACUGGAAGAUCAGCAUUUAUUGGGUUCAUAAUGUCAUGUCAAAAAGCCUUACAUUACAGAUCCAUCCACCACCAUGCUUAACAGUGAAGAUUUGUGUUUUUUUUACUAAUGAAUUUUGUUAUGCAUGAUCAGCUUCUGAAAUGGCUCUUUUAUUGUCUAAGGGUGUGCUCACACUAGGCAAUCCGUGCCUUGCCUAAGCACGGUUUCCUCCCAAAGCACGGCUCAAUUGACUAGUGUGAUCGCUACGAACCGUGCCAUGGCCCACCUCUUUAAGCGCUCACUUGGACUCGGGCUCUUUACGCCUGCAGUUUGAGCGCGAUCUGUGUCUGAGCAUGGAACACGAUAAUGUCAGUGAUUUCUACAGAAACAUGGGGGGGUGUUGUGUCGAAUUCAGCUACGCCAUUAGAAAAAGCACCCUCUCUCGCGCUGUAUCACUAUGUAUGUAACUAUGACUGAGAUAACCAUGAAUAAUGCGGAUUAUCUUCGCUUUUAUCAAGAAGACGCACUCCUGAGAGAGGGUGAUUUUCAUGGUGGGGCUGCUAAUGUGGCAGGACAACGGCAAGCCCACUGAGCAGUAAAUGACGUAAGCGUGCUCGGGCACGGAUUGUUUAAACGCAGUGUGAGUGCAGGCCAGCGGGGGAGUGGGAGUGGGCAGAACCAUGCUGCAGCACAAUUUAACCAAACUGUGCUUAGUAUGAGUACACCCUUGGAAUACCACACUUAAACCAAUGUUAGAAAUAUUAAAAUGUUUUAGUCGUGUUGGCAAUGGCAUAUCACGGUUUGACAACCAAUAACAUGUUGGGUUUGAGGAAGCCUGCAUAUACUUUUAAAUAUGACAGUAAUUUAUAAUAUGCUUUUAAAAAUUAUACUUUUUAUGUUAUGAGGUUUCUAAAGAGUUAUCUGGGAUUCUUAGUAUUAGAUCAAGCUGUUAAACAACAAGAUAUUUACAUAUUUUCGCCUUCUUGCCCUAUCAAGGGUGCCAUUAAUUCUCAGCCAGUGAAUGUGCAGACCAGGACAUGAAUUUAUCUAAUCUACUCCAGACAAAGAUUUUGCAGGCUGGCAUAAGUGUUAUUUAAUACAAUUGGCCCCAAUAAAAUUACUGUCUAAUACUGUUAAUCUAAUACUGUGAAUAAAGACUGUUGUAACUCAA